UCUAAGCUAUGCUAAAAGCUUCGGUCACAGGAGAAAGAUUACUAAGGAACGAUACCAGGUAGGUCUGCUAACUACAUAUAAAGAAAACACCGACUUCGUGGCAAAUUUGCAAUUGUGAUAUAAACAUAUGCAUGAACUCUCCCAAUUAACGAGUUACAAAUCCCUUCGUAUGGUACUUGAGGUGAAGUUGUCACACGAGUUUAGCACCAAGAACCUGACGAAAUCAUAGGAAAAUGCUUUUGGUACGGGUUGGAGCAAGUGAGUUCUUAACAACUCCUUAGUCAGAAACAUGAUCAGAACAAAAAUCUAAACCCCAACUCCACGAAAAUGUAAAAAUCUACACAAACUAACUCUGUUAAUUGAAUGGUACAACCUUCUUUCACAUCUAUAUAUAACAGCUUCAAGAUCACAUACCAAGAAAAAGAAAACCAUUCUUCCAUACCCUUCAAAAGAGCACUGAAAUAUCAUGAUGGAGCCCAGCAAAGAGGUUGAUGCACCGGCAGCUACCUCGCCGCAGCCACAAUCCAAGAGGACAAGGUCCAACAAUGGCAAAGGUAAAUCCAUUGCUGAGGAUGCUCAACCUUUGGCACCCGUAGUUUCAACAAAGACCACCCGACUCCAAAGAGGUGGAUGGAAAAAGGGUGUUGCAAUCCUAGACUUCAUCCUGAGGCUUGGCGCUAUUGGGGCCGCUUUUGGCGCUGCUAUCCUUAUGGGGAACAAUGAACAGGUUCUUCCAUUCUUCACUCAGUUCUUUCAGUUCCAUGCUCAAUGGGAUGAUUUUCCUAUGUUCCGGUUUUUUGUGGUAGCAAAUGCAGCAGUGGCUGGAUUUCUCAUUCUCUCCCUGCCAUUCUCGAUUGUCUGCAUUGUUAGGCCUCUUGCAGCAGGGCCAAGGCUUCUCCUAUUGAUCAUCGAUACAGUUAUGAUGGCCUUUGUGAUAGCAGCUGCUUCAGCUGCUGCUGCUGUUGUAUACUUAGCUCACAACGGCAGCCAAGACGCCAACUGGAUGGCUGUUUGUCAGCAAUUCACGGACUUUUGCCAGGUUACCAGCGAGGCGGUGGUUGUUUCUUUUGUCGCGGCGGUUUUCUUGUCUUUCUUGAUUUUUGUGUCCUCUUUGGCUCUCAAAAGAGGUGGUUGAAACUUGAAAAAGAGAUGGAGAUGGUUGUGAUUGUUACAUGUUACUCCUAACUAUUGUUAACUUCUCUGUCUUGUGUGUAAAAUCAUGUUCAAACUUCUUGUGAUUUCCAGUGACUCCUGAGCAAUGCUAGGGACCAGCAACUUUAGUAUUUUGUAAUUAUCAAUUGGUCAUCAAUAGU